UCCAAAAUGGCGGCCCCAAAACCAGUGUCACAUGUUAUAUUCGACAUGGAUGGAUUACUUAUUGAUACUGAACGACUGUAUACAGUGGCAACCAAUACAGUAUGUUCGCAGUAUGGUAAAGAAUUUACAUGGGAACUGAAAGAAAAACAAAUGGGAAAAAAAGAAUUGGAAUCGGUCAAGAUUAUCAUUGAGGAACUACAGUUACCAGUCAGUCCUGAAGAAUACAUCGAGAAGAUACGUGCUGAACAUGUUAAAUUAUUUCCUACUGUACCAUUUUUACCAGGUGCUGUCAAACUGGUUAAACAUCUCCAUAGCAACAACAUUCCAAUUGCCAUAGCAACGGGGUCAAACACUUUUGGUUUUGAGUUGAAAACUCGUAACCAUAAGGACGUUUUUAAUCUCUUUCAUCAUGUCGUGAAGAGUGGAGAUGACCCGGAAGUCAAAAAUGGCAAGCCAUCGCCAGAUUGUUUUUUGGUUUGUAAGAAAAGAUUCCCAGACGAUCCUCCGUCAGAAAAGGUAUUGGUAUUCGAAGAUGCACGUAAUGGUGUACUGGCUGCACAUGCAGCAGGAAUGCAAGUUGUUUGGGUUCCAGAUCCUCGCGCAGACCGAACUGAUACGUCACAGUUUGCCACUGUUAUCCUGAAUUCACUAGAGGAAUUUAAGCUAGAAGAUUUUGGUCUUCCACCCUACUCUAUUUGAUAUAUGUAGUUAAUAGUUGUAAAACUUAAAUUUGCUAAUUAUACAAAAUUUUAAAACUUUAUCAGUUUCUUCGACAUAUCAGUUGAAAACCAACUUAAGACGUGUACAGCUAGCUUUGUCGAUGGUGGUAGGAGUGUUCAGAUUAUUAUUAAUGAAGUAUGAAGUACCAAUAAAUAACUUCAAACAUAUCUCUUGCAAUAAAUGACGCAUUUGAACCAAUUUCUUUCAAGUUUUUUUAAACUGACAUAAUUAAAUAAAUGAAAUUAUUUUUUAAAUAAAGAUAUUAUUAGAAGG